UUAAAUAGGCGUUGCAGGAGUAACCGGUGAGAAGUUAUUCUCUUAAAUUAAUAAGUCGUCUCACGUAUUCCCAUCCUACUUUCAACUGAAAGUGUCAUGUAUAAGCCAAGAAAAAAAGAGUGAAUCAUGUAUGUGUAGCAAACUCCGUCAAACCAAUGCAUCAACCGGCUCUGCUAAAAUGUGCAUGCAAGUGCAAUGGUUUGAGCAUCAGAUUAGCACACAAGAUUUCAGCAUCACCGCAACAGAUCUAGAAAGCAAAGCAAAACCCCUACAUUUUCACUGAUCUUUGUAGCAAGCUAAACGCGAGUUAUCGAUCAAAGAAAGCAAGGUUUUGAGAGAUUCGUGCGAUCCAAAGUCUAUCGAUCUAUCAUAGACCCAGUAGAGGAUAAAGGUGGAUCUCAGUGCGGAGAGAUUGUAGAGAGAAAGAGAGAGGGAAGGAAAGAGAUGGUGGAAUGAGGCUGAAGAAGGAGGAGGAGGGAGAGAGAGAAGGAGAUGGCGCAGGGGAGACUGAGGUGCGGAUGUUCGCACAGGAAAACCACUUUGCUUGUUUGCUCUAUCAACAUUGUAAUAGCUCUCUACGUUCUUCGCUUUCUUUAUUCUUCUCUUUACAUCUACACCGGUAACGUCUCCAGAAACAUUGUUAAUUAUACGCCGGAUCAGAUUAGGAAGAUGGAAGAAUCGAUUCGGAUUCGGAGAGCGUUCGAACCGUUGAAGCUUGUCAAAUUGGUGAAGGAACUUGAGGAGGAGCUUUCUAGAGGAGAGGUUGUGGUUGAAUUGUCACGGCCUUUGAAACAAAAGAUAACCGAUGAGAUUUUGGAGAGAUUGAGAAGCUUGGAUGCUGGUGCCAACGUUACUGAGCAACGAGAAGCAGUUGAAAGAUGGCGCAGGGAAAAACUAGAAGUAGCUAAGCAGUUAACCUUUGAGAGAGGGACUUUAAAUUCAACUAUUCCGCAUGAGGAAGGGAUGCUAGUCAGAGCCUUGGAGUCUGAUUGGGCAUUGCUAUCAGAAGAAAUUGGCCUUUGGAUGGCUGCUGAAGUCAUUAACAAAGAGCAUGAUGAUAAACCUGAGGGUGAAGAAGAACUAGAGGACCAAAUUUUACCCGGCAGGCCCAUUCCACCUGAAUGCCAUGCUGAACUUCAUGCAGAUUAUAGUGGUGCAGCUGUUAGAUGGGGCCUUACCCACCAUAAAGAAAGUGCAGCUGAUUGCUGUCAAGCUUGCUUGGAUCAUGCUAAACUUGCCAAGCCAGGUGAAAAGAGAUGUAAUAUAUGGGUUUAUUGCCCGUCCGAGACUGGGUGCCAUUCUCCAGAUAUCUAUGAACACAAACAUCAGGAAUGCUGGUUGAAAUAUGCAGAGAAGCCCAAACUUAAUUUCAAGGACAAGUAUACUGAAUCAUAUAGAAAUUCACAUCCAACUGCUCCCUUGGUUGUACCGUGGGUUUCUGGUGUUGUCAGUUCUUGACUAGAUGAGAUUUUUUCUAACAUUUAUGUGGCAGACAAUCAGCUUAGGAUUGUGAGCUGCAGCAUGUAUUACCACCAAGAACAAUCACGAAGCUCCCCGAGUUCAGGGAAAGAGAGGAAAUAGGUAGAAAAAAAGAGGACGGGUGGUGAUGGUAUAGUUCUUUGUGUCGACAAAUUUUUGUAACAUUGGGUGGGGUUGUCUUGGUGCCGAAGUCUGGUGCUAAGGCUAGGUGACAUAGUUAGACAUGAAAAAUGCUUUAUUUGGCAAUUCAAUUUCUGCAAAAAUGAUUCAUUGUAGUUGGGAUGUGAAUUCAUUCUAUGGAAAUGAUUCGUAAUUAUGAGGAUGUGAGUAUUGAGGCA